UGGGGUGGAAUGGGAGGAAGGGGAGGGGUACUAAAUUGGUUGAAGACUCGGGCUUACCAAGUGGGGUUAGGGGCUUGGCAUUGAAGAGCUAAGGGUAAUAGGUAGGAGGUAGGGAACAGUAGGUGAAAACAUGGCAUUGGGUUUGGUUGGAAAGAUAGGUAGAGGUAAAUCAUUGGAAAUGAGAGUCAUGGCAUUUCGAUUGAAUUAUGAAAAAGAAUAGGGACAUGAUUUCAGAGAGAAAGUAUGAAUUUGGAGAAAAUUCAGUGAAUGAGUUUAGAAAGACUUAAUAGAGGUGGGCUUACGAGCCAAAAGGUAUCACUUUGAAAAAGUAUAGGGGAAUUCGGAGGGGUAAAGGAAGUGUUUGGAAAGGAGACAGCUGAUAUAUACAGGCCUUUAGCCUAGGUAUCAGACGCAGCCUAGGAUAUUGAUUUGGGGCUUUUGCUGUAUAUGGCACCUAGUCUGGUGACCAGCUUGCAAGAAUAGUGGGGUAGGGGUAGAGGAGGAGAAAAAUAGAAUGCUUUCAUCGCUUCUACUCUGAUUUCCUUUCUCCCUCUCUUACUCUUCCUACACUCAUCUCUUCCUGAACUCAGGGAUGGGGGCUUGGGACUUGAGCGAUACAAGUUGGAGCCCCAUUGGGAGUCAUGUUGCUCUGAAUUGCUUGUUAUGUUCUCUAACUGGGGUGUUUACUACCCAGGGCACCUCCUACCUAGAUUGCUGCGUUGCUACUUUCCUAACUUUAAAAGUUUGUUUUCUCCUUAACAGAGGGUGUUUCAGUAUCUCCAAAGGUUGUGUCAUAGUAAGUGUAGGUUUGUGGGGGUGUACAGAGUUUUCUGGGCAAGCUCACUUGUUUCCUAUAUUUAAAAACUUUGCAGUAGUGUAAGAAUUCUUGUAAAGACGGUUAUUCUAAGCACAGAAAAAUAUACUAAACUGAAGUUUGUUUUGUUAAAUGUGUGUCUUAUCCACUCAUUCUUGGAGCUUGUUAAAUGGAUGGUUGCAGUUAGUUUUAGUUAGCUUAUGUUACAUAUUUUUAAAUGGUGUAAAUAAGAUAGACGUAUAUUUCAGGAAAGUGAAAAAUUUUCAGUUUCUUCCUUUGUGUCUAAACUCAGAAGCCAAAGAUAUGUCAUAAUAUCUUAGGGCAGGGGUUGGGGAAAUCAAACACAAUUUGUACUUAAACAUGGGAGGAUGUAAGCUCCGCUCUGCUCUAUGAAAUAUGGGAGACGACAGACCGUUUGUGUGCAAUGCCCCGGGCUGUGGACAGAGAUUUACAAACGAGGACCACCUGGCAGUUCAUAAACACAAGCAUGAGAUGACAUUGAAAUUUGGCCCAGCCCGAACUGACUCAGUCAUCAUUGCAGAUCAAACUCCUACUCCGACUAGAUUCCUGAAGAAUUGUGAGGAGGUGGGGCUCUUCAAUGAAUUAGCUAGCUCCUUUGAACAUGAAUUCAAGAAAGCUGCAGAUGAGGAGGAAAAAAAGGCUGCUGCUGGGCCCCUUGACAUGUCUUUGCCUUCUACACCAGACAUCAAAAUCAAGGAAGAAGAGCCAGUGGAGGUAGACUCAUCCCCACCUAAUAGCCCUGCCUCUAGUCCCUGCUCCCCGCCGCUCAAGGAAAAGGAGGUGGCCCCAAAGCCUGUCGUGAUCUCUACCCCCACACCUACCAUCGUGCGCCCUGGUUCCCUACCUCUCCACUUGGGCUAUGAUCCACUUCACCCGACCCUUCCCUCCCCAACUUCUGUCAUCACACAGGCCCCACCAUCCAACAGGCAGCUGGGGUCUCCCACUGGCUCCCUCCCUCUCGUCAUGCAUCUUGCUAAUGGACAGACUAUGCCUGUGCUGCCAGGGCCUCCGGUACAGAUGCCUUCUGUUAUAUCGCUGGCCAGACCUGUGUCUAUGGUGCCCAACAUUCCUGGUAUCCCUGGCCCACCAGUUAACAGCAGUGGUUCCAUUUCUCCCUCUGGCCACCCUAUGCCAUCAGAAGCCAAGAUGAGACUAAAAGCCACCCUAACCCACCAAGUCUCCUCAAUCAAUGGUGGAUGUGGAAUGGUGGUGGGUACUGCCAGUACCAUGGUGACAGCCCGUCCUGAGCAGAGCCAGCUCCUCAUCCAACACCCUGAUGCCCCAUCCCCUGCCCAGCCACAGGUCUCACCAGCCCAGCCCACUCCCAGCACGGGAGGGCGACGGCGACGCACAGUGGAUGAAGAUCCUGAUGAACGGCGGCAGCGUUUUCUGGAGCGCAACCGGGCUGCAGCCUCCCGCUGCCGUCAAAAGCGGAAGCUCUGGGUGUCCUCCCUCGAGAAGAAGGCAGAGGAACUCACUUCUCAGAACAUUCAGCUGAGUAAUGAAGUCACAUUGCUACGCAAUGAGGUGGCUCAGUUGAAACAGCUACUGUUAGCUCAUAAAGACUGCCCGGUUACUGCACUACAGAAAAAGACCCAAGGCUAUUUAGAAAGCCCCAAGGAAAGCUCAGAGCCGACGGGUUCUCCAGCCCCUGUGAUUCAGCACAGCUCAGCAACAGCCCCUAGCAAUGGCCUCAGUGUUCGCUCGGCGGCUGAAGCUGUAGCUACCUCGGUCCUCACUCAGAUGGCCAGCCAAAGGACAGAACUGAGCAUGCCGAUACAGUCGCAUGUGAUCAUGACCCCACAGUCCCAGUCUGCGGGCAGAUGA